AUGGAGGUGUUCCAGCGCCGGUUCAACGGCUCCGUCAGCUUCUUCCGGGGCUGGAACGAUUACCGGGCCGGCUUCGGCCGCGCCGACGGCGAGUACUGGCUGGGGCUGCAGUCGGUGGCGCUGCUGACGCUGCAGGCGCGCUACGAGCUGCGGGUGGAGCUGGAGGACUUUGAGAACAACUCGGCGGCCGCCACCUACGGCUCCUUCGCGCUCUCGCCCACGGCCGUCAGCGCCGAGGAGGACGGCUACGCGCUGCACGUGGCCGGCUUCGUCGACGGCGGCGCCGGCGACUCGCUGAGCUACCACAACGGGCAGAAGUUCUCCACCUUCGACCGCGACCAGGACCUGUUCGCCCAGAACUGCGCCGCGCUCUCCUCGGGGGCCUGGUGGUUCCGCAGCUGCCACUUCUCCAACCUCAACGGCUUCUACCUGGCCGGGCCCCACCUCUCCUACGCCAACGGCAUCAACUGGGCCCAGUGGAAGGGCUUCUACUACUCGCUGAAGCGCAGCGAGAUGAAGAUCCGCCGGCUCUGAGGGACGCGCCCGCCCGGCCACCCCACCCGGCCCGACCCCACCCCAAUAAAGAGCCAGCCU